GCGCGGCGCGGCGCGCACAUAGCCAGUGCGAAUAAACAAUAUCAUCUGGCCAUCGUGGUGGGCUCGAAGUGCCGGUCAAAGUGUCAUCAGCCCGGUCGCCAGUCCUCAACGACGGAAGAUGGAAGUGCAGACGAGAACGAUCGCCGAGAUCCGCGAGAGGUUUUUCAAGAGAGUCGAGGACGAGGGACCGGCCGAUCCGAGGGGCUUCCAUCCCGCGGAUAUAGCCAGAAUAAAAAACAACGACGACUGGCUGAAGCGAUUUCUGGAUCAUCAUGAGUCAAAUGAGAACGAGGCCUUCAACAUGCUUUGGGAGACUUGUACUUGGAGAAGGAAAUUCGGCACAAAUGAUAUUACUGAGGAUAACGUGAGGAGAGAUUAUCUAGAAGAUGGGUCGUGCUUCAGCUUUGGUAGGGAUAAAGAUGGCAAGAAACUUUUUAUAAUCAAGUCAAAGUUGCACUUUAAGGGAGCCAAAGAUUUUCCAGAGCUGCAGCGAUGUAUAGUUUAUUGGUUUGAGAGAUUGGAAAGGGAAGAGAAUGGAAAUCAAAUAUCGAUUUUCUUUGACAUGGCCGAGAGUGGACUCUCCAAUUUGGAUAUGGAAUUUACUAAGUACCUCAUUGGCUUAUUCAAAUCCUAUUAUCCAAAUUUUCUCAAUUACAUCAUAAUUUUCGAGAUGCCUUGGGUACUAAACGCGGCCUUUAAAAUAAUAAAGUCGUGGUUACCUGCCAAAGCCAUUCCGAAAAUUAAAUUUGUCAACAAAAGCUCGCUGAAGGACUACGUUGAUCCAAAUGACGCCCUGAAGUGUUGGGGCGGCAACAAUGAUUACACUUUCAAAUUUGUCCCAGUCGCGUGCGCGAACGGGGAUGGCGUGAUAAACGGCAAACUAGAUAAUAAAAAGGUUCACUUUGCAGAAAAUUCACCGCUUAUAGAACAAAGUCCAACCAGCAUCGGAGAUCAGACUAACGAGGAUCAAUUAUUGUCCAUAGAACCCUUGGAAACGAUUAUAUUUCUAAAGGAAGGAAAUGAUAUUGUGGGGACAAUCACAUUGAAAAACACUGCAGCUGAUAAAUCCUUAUCUUAUAAGAUAAAGACAACAUCUCCGGAGAAAUUCAGAGUGCGACCAAGUUCGGGGGUUUUACAGCCGGCUGAACAGAAGAACGUCACGGUGCUACUGCAACCUGGUUAUAACAUACGUGGCCUAUUAAACAAUGAUCGAUUUCUAGUCAUGUGCCUUCCGUUAAAAAAUUCGAACGCCACAGUGCAAGAACUGACUACACUUUGGAAGUCUGAGAAAGUAACGGAAAUGCAUAGAUUACGAUGUACCAACGGUAACAAUGAAAACAAUGAGAUACAAAAAUCUUACUCUACGUUAAUUUCUGCAGCGCCGGGGAGUGAUCGUAAUAUCGAUGCAUUUUUCUCGAGGAUGAAUAAUUUAGAAAAGAUUUAUGGCAAGUUACAUGGCGAGGUUACCACUGUUAAAUACAUGCUUUUCAUUUCCGUCAUGUUGACAGUACUAAUCGCGAUAUUGAUGAUUUACUUUUUGCAAAUGGAUCCGAUUUUCGACUCUGCUCAGCAGGACUGCCAUCUCCAAUGCCAUCCUAAUAUUUAAAGUAAACGUGUUUCUAAUAGUACUUUGUAAUUUGAUAUAUAAGACAAACGUUAAACAGAUGUUUCUAACUAAAUUAUAAAUUUAUCUCUAUAGGAUGUUAUAAAAGAUAUAUUCUCUACAUUACGUGAGGGUACAGGAUAUUUAUAUAUUAAUAUGUGUUACAGUUUUUACUCUUUCCGUUUGCACAUUUCAGCGUUAAUUUAAUUUGUAUUUGCGUAGAUAAGUUUUGGCGAUUAGUUGUGUAACGUUUGAUAUAUGUAUAUUAGCAACUAAUGAGUUACCAUAUUUAACACGAUGAGAUAUCUUUAAUUUACGAUGCUAUAAUAUAUGAUACAUAUGUAAGGUUACAUCGAAACUACUAUUUUUAUAAGCUUUUAUACAUAUACUUCUAUGAACACUGAUUGGAUUAAAAUUGAAUGUGAAUUAGCGCAUA